CCCCGCUGCGGACGCCGGCGCUGGGCCUGGCUGGGGAAUGGGGGCCUCGGAGCCGCCGCCAGCCCCGCGGCCGGGCCCGGCGGCUCCUGCUCCGCGCGGGGCCGGGCCCAGCCGCUUCGUGCGGUGCCUCUACCUGGUGGGCUUCCUGGACUUCUUUGGUGUAAGUAUGGUUGUGCCUCUGUUAAGCCUUCAUAUCAAGUCUCUAGGAGCAAGUCCAACUGUUGCAGGAGUAGUAGGAUCUUCUUAUGGUUUACUGCAGCUCUUUUCCAGCACAUUUGUGGGCUGCUGGAGUGAUGUAAUAGGAAGACAAUAUUCCCUGCUUGCCUGUAUCCUGUUCAGUGCACUGGGUUAUUUGCUGCUUGGCAUGUCCACCAGUGUGUGUUUAUUUGCCAUUGCAAGGAUACCUGUAGGUAUUUUCAAACACACACUCUCCAUUUCAAAAGCUCUUCUUUCUGACUUGGUUUCUGAGAAAGAGCGCCCUCUUGUAAUAGGACAUUUCAAUGCAGCCUCCAGUGUCGGUUUCAUCCUGGGUCCUGUGGUAGGUGGCUACUUUACAGAGCUAGAGAGUGGCUUUUACUUGACAUCUUUCAUCUGUUCUUUUAUCUUCAUUCUGAAUGCUGGCCUGGUCUGGAUGUUACCAUGGAGUGAGGAACACACAGAUAGUAAUGAAAACGAACAGACCACCAGUAACAGCAAAGUGACAGCAAAGGCAAACUAUGACCUGCAGGUUCAAUCACUAUCUAAUGGAGCAAUGAAAUAUGAUACUCCCCUCCAGUCCCUAUGGAUUCCAGUUGUGUCAGUGCUGAAGAGGAUUAAAAGCAUUGCAUGCUCUGAUCUGUGGGAUAUAUUUUUAGUACGGUUACUAAUGUCUGUAGCUGUAAUGCUGUAUUAUAGCAAUUUUGUUCUGGCAAUUGAAGAGAGAUUUGGGGUGAAACCUAAGCUCACAGGGUAUCUCAUAAGCUAUAGUAGCACCCUUGGAGCACUUGCUGGUUUUUUACUUGGACCAAUAACAAGACUCUAUCAACAUAACAGUUAUGCACUUUUAUUACAUUCCACUGUUCUCACCUGUGUAUUGAUAAUGCUAUAUUCCACAGCAUUCAGCAUAUGGACGGUCAUUUUAUCGUCAACAUUUUUAGCGUUUUCAACCACUGUAGGACGCACUUGCAUCACUGACCUUGAGUUGACCCUGGGUGGGAAUCAGGCUAGUGGCAUGCUCAUAGGAGUUGGCCAGUCUGUGACAUCUGUGGGACGCAUAAUUGCCCCUCUUCUCUCAGGAAUUGCACAGGAGUUCAGUCCCUGUGGCCCUCCAAGUCUUGGUGUGGGGCUGGCACUGGUGGCUAUUCUGAUAAUGCUCAUGAACACGCCACGAUAUUGCAGUGAUAGAAAUGCUAAAUUAAAAAGUGAAUAGCAACUUAUUUGGGACAGGCUGGUGCAUCGUCAAUAAAAUGCAAAGUAAUUCAAAUAAUGGGGGAUACGUUAUACUAAAGAAUGGUGAGCACUAAAGAAACCUGUAUUGCAGCAGCAGGCUGUUUUCUAAAAAAAAAUGGUACAAGUUCAAGGGGAGGCCAGCCUGACUGAGCCCUCAGAUUCAUACAGACUUGUCUGCUACAGGAUCAUACAUCAAGACAGGAAUGCUCAGAGCUGUAGUUCAGAGAGAAAUUCUCUUUCAAAGGUGCAGGUAUCAUUUAAAACCUUUGUAAAAUGAGCAUUGUAUUUUCUUUGUGCUAAUAAGGUUGAAAUCCCUUCAAGAAAAAUGUUUCUGACUCUGAAUAUAUAAAUGGCUGAUGAAUAAUCCAGUUUGCAACCCCACAUUGAAGCAUGGUGGUUAAACUGAUAGGCUGUUUGACUGAGAGAGACAGACAAAUUAAUUUUUUUAUUUAAACAAGUAAAAUUUGUUAUGUGCACUUACCAGUAUGAGAAAUUAAGGCUGACCUGGAUAAACCAUUGGCCUCCUGUGACAAUGGCUUGUUGAUAAAUCAGAGGUUCCAUAUAUAACUUGUGAUGCAUGCUCUGCCUAGAAGUUUUCCCAUGCAGCAUAUAAUUAACCAUUCCCAACUGGAUGGCUGACAUUCUGCUUUCACUCCUCUCUCCCAGCAUUUCUGGUAAAUAGAGCUGUGUAUGCUCUAGCAUGUAUGUUUCUUUUAUAUAUAAUAUAUAAGGUAUUUUAAGAGAAAAUGCCAUCAUGUGGAGUAAGGGUGAUUGAAGAUAAGACGAUGUAAAUUACAGUGAAAUUUGCACUAGUGGUACCUGGACUAUUAUAAUAAAUAUAAUAUAUAUGGAGAUAUACCUCAUAGAACUGGAAGGGACCCCGAAAAGCCAUUGAGUCCAGCCCCCUGCCUUCACUAGCAGGACCAAAUACUGAUUUUGCCACAGAUCCCUAAGUGGCCCCCUCAAGUAUUCAACUCUCAACCCUGGGUUUAGCAGGCCAAUGCUCAAGCCACUGAGCUAUCCCUCCCCCCAUUAUUGAACACCUCCAUCUGGCAACCGUCUGUCAUAAGUGAGUAUUUUAAGGAACUCCCAGAACUUCCUGUGCUAUUUUAUUCUUAAAAUGAAGAUGGAACAACUGCUCCUUCCUGUUUUUUAGAUGGUUGUUUAAGACAAGUUUUGGAAAAUCUAGUGAUGUUUUAAAGUGUUUGUUCCAUGUAGGAUUAAUCCAUUAUUUUUCAUCUCUGAAGACGUACAUUUAAAUCCCAAUUUAGGUAACCAGGGAAAAUGUGUGUGUUUGGCAGCUUAGUCUUCAUUUUUCUGCAUCCAUUUUAGCAGGCCAAAGCUAAUGGCGGUUGAUGCAGGUAAAGAAUGAAAUGCAUUGACAGACUUAUGGGGAUGGUUUCCCUAUAGCACUGACCCAUACUAUACCAGGUUCAAGUCAGUGUUACUAGUCUAUCACUUUUCUGAGCAUUACAUUUUAUCCACUAGUUUAAAAAAAAGUUUGUUCUUGUAUUGCCUUUUAUCUGAAAGUUUCAUAGCACUUCCCAUUUAAUUAUUUGAUGAUGUAUACAAAGCUGCUCUGCAGAUUUUUUUUAAAUUGAAUUUAGCAUAUGUAAUGUGCACAUGCAACUUUAAAUGUUACUUCAUAGCCGUCACAGAUGGUGUUUUGUAAUUUUGUUUUUAAAUCAAUUUUUCCUUCCUUCUUACAGAAUGCCUGUUCUUAUUUGAAAUCGCUGGAAAAAUCCCAGUAAGAGCACAAUGGGAGCACAUAUUUUAAUUACUUGACAUUUUAUAGGCGGACACAAUGAGACUAGUCUAUAUAUGUGCUUGUUUUCGGGAGGUAUCCUUGAUUUCUGUAUGAGAGUUAAGCUUCAUGCAGAAAGUGGAACCUUCUCAUUUUUAAUGUACUGUAGAUUUCAUCUUUUUUUUUUUUUUUUGUGACCUGGGAUUAAGUUUUGCUAUGUGACUUAGGUGCUUAGGAGCCCAAGUCCUAUUGACUUUCAAUUGAGUCUUAGGCACCUAAGUCACUUUUUAAAUUUUUAUCCCUGGUGACCAUUUAAGCAAGAGCCUCAAAACGUCCCCACUAAUUCUUUUGCCCUUUUCCCCUCCACUCAGGAAAGAAACAUAAUUCCCCAGAACAGGGACCUUUAUCAUAGAAGAUUAGGGCUGGAAGAGACCUCAGGAGGUCGCAUAGUCCAACCCCUUGCUCAAAGCAGGACCAACUCCAACUAAAUCAUCCCAGCCAGGACUUUGUCAAGCCAGACCUUAAAAACCU